AUGGCCUACUACGGCGGCGACCCCUACAACCGCCCCCCGGGACCGCCCGGCGGCUACGACCGGCCCUACGACCGGCCUUACGACCGCCCGCCCUACCAAGAACAGCGCCCGCCUUACGACCGCGCCGCCUACAGCGCCCCGCCCCCGAUGUCCCGGCCUCCCCCCGGCCCUCCCCCUCCCCUCCCCGCCGGCUGGCACCAGGAGUGGGAGCCCACCGUACGCCGCGCCUUUUGGGUGGAGGACAAUACUGGCCGCGCGCAAUGGGAGCCCCCGUUCGCGGGACCGGGCUACUAUGACGGCUCGCGCAGCGUGGCGCCUGAGCCGCAGGGCGGUUACUAUGCGGCCCCUCCUGCCGGAUAUGAUGAGCGUGGCUAUGGCGGCGGAUACCAGCAGCAGCCGGUCGAGGAGAAGAAGAGCAAUGCUGGGAAGUACCUUGCGGCGGGAGCAGCCGGCUUGGCGCUGGGUGGUCUUGCAGGUGCUUUUAUUGAGCAUGAACGGGACGAGGACCACGAGCAAGGGGAUAUCAUGGAAGCCCGCCAGGACGGGUACCAGGACGGGCGCGAGGACCAAGCUUACGAGGAGGGUGGCUGGUGA